UUCAUAACAUAAACACAAUCAAAAUACAGUACAACAAUGACAUUCAGCCCAAGACAAUGAUUCCAAACAUAAGCGGUCAACUCUUCUAAAAGCAUAAAUAGAGGAGGGAUCAUUACCAUUCACAUAGGUGUUAGCAUUAAUGUUUUCCACUAAUGAAAAACAUUAGUGCGUAUGAUCUUCAUUACCGAAUGGCUUCCAUUUUUACUAGAAAUCUUGCUUACAAGAAUGGGAGAAAAACAAUAAAGCACAUUUUGAGAAAGAGCCAAGCAUCAACAACCGCUAGUCGGGAGAUGCCGGAGGAAUCCGAAAAUUCGAGCCACCCCAAACAGGUCAGCCACCAGCGCACCAAGCCCAAAUCAGCAACCAUACAACUACUACAGAAGACGGCGGAAAUCUUGGAAUAUGACGGAACAAAACAAAAACAAACUUUUGAAGCCGAAUAUUUGAAAAAAAAAAUGCUGGUGGAUGAUCCUCGUUUUGGGAAAGAGGCAUUGGCAUGGAUACAAUAAACAGGCAGUGAGAGUGCUUUUGGGGUCCCAAUGCUUCCAUGCGUCAGUAGAAAACAAAAAUGUAUGGUGGACCAAAUUUAGCACUAACAAAUCCUUGAUUCUACCCUUUUCAGCAUUCACUGACGGAUCUAUUUCCCACUCAAUU